UGUACACGCCAUGUUUUUGUGAGAAUUUUGUUCGUGUUUUUCGAUGGGUGUGGGGUUGAAAAUCAAGCCUUAUUGUUGUACAUUUUAAUAAUUAUGAUGGUCUAGUGUAAACAGAAAUUAUUAUAUUGACUGAGUUAUCAGUUUCCAUACCUUGCAUGUGACAUACUGUAAGCACAAGAGAACAGCUAACAGGAAAUAUAUAUUUGUCUAAGGCAGUGGCUUACCAAACAUCCUUAUUACACUAGAUCCCAAUGUUGGUGUGGUAGGAGCUAUACGAACUCUAUCAAAAUGCCAUUACCUAGUAGUGUUGCAAAUAUCAAGGAUCCAGAAAUUUCCUCACUUUUCUCCAACGAGGAUCCUGAGAAACUAUUUGAUGAACUUAGAGAGAUUGGUCAUGGAAGCUUUGGUGCUGUUUAUUAUGCACGCAAUGUCAAAACCAAUGAAGUUGUUGCCAUCAAAAAGAUGUCGUACAAUGGAAAGAAUUCCACAGAGAAAUGGCAAGAUAUAAUUAAGGAAGUGACGUUCCUACGGCAACUGAAACACAAUCACUGUAUCGAGUACAAAGGAUGUUAUCUACGUGAACAUACAGCUUGGCUUUCCAUGGAAUACUGCUUAGGCUCAGCUUCUGAUAUUUUAGAAGUUCAUAGAAUGCCCCUUCAAGAAGAUGAGAUCGCAGCAAUAGCCGAGGAUGCACUUAAAGGAUUAUCCCAUCUUCAUAGGCAUAACAAGAUACAUAGAGAUGUAAAGGCAGGCAAUAUAUUAUUAACAGAUAAUGGAACUGUCAAGUUAGCUGAUUUUGGCUCUGCGUCAUUUGUAUCCCCAGCCAACUCAUUUGUAGGGACACCGUACUGGAUGGCUCCGGAGGUUAUUUUAGCAAUGGAUGAGGGGCAAUAUGAGGGCAAGGUUGACAUUUGGUCUUUAGGAAUAACAUGUAUUGAACUUGCGGAGCGCAAGCCACCACUAUUCAACAUGAACGCUAUGAGUGCAUUAUACCACAUAGCGCAGAAUGACCCACCAACGCUUAGCUCUGAAACCUGGUCACAUGAAUUUAGGAAUUUUGUUGAAAGGUGUCUUGCAAAAGAUCCUGAGCAAAGGCCAUCUGCAGAGCAAUUACUAAGGCAUCCUUUUAUUAUUAGAGAUAGAAAUAACAAUGUUAUAUGUGAACUGAUUGAAAGAACGAAAACAGCCGUACGCGAAUCAGAUAAUCUCAACUACAGAAAAAUGUUGAAGUUAGUGAUGACACCGAGUAUAGCGCCCUCUCCGAAGGAUGAGAACAGUGAAGAGGAGUCAGAUAGUCAAGAGGAGGCUCCCCAGACGGGUAGUGUGAGUAGUCAGCAGAGUUUACCAGAGAGUUUUAAGAACAGCAGUAAGAAUAGCAGUGUCACAAGUAUUCCAGGGGAACCAGCCCCAGAAGAGCCUAUGCCUCCUACCGUACAGCCAACGAUGAACACGUCUAAUUCAACAAAUAAUGUAGCAAAAUCUAAACAUCUAGAACGUGAUGAACAUUUCAAGACAAUCCGUACAACCACACUCGUUAACAAGCAAGCUAACGAGCAUAAACAAAAUGAAUUACGGGUUCAAUUCCAAGGCUACAAGGAGUUGCGCAAACAGCACCGUAAGCAGCUGCAGAUGUUGGAAUCGCGUCUUCGUCAGGAGAUGUCUGAACUGAAGCAAAGACUGGAUAAGGAAUUUGAGCAGUUUAUCCAAUGCAAUGCUAAAGAUAUGGAAAAACUCAUGUCAAAACAUACUUCAGAUAAAGAUAGGAAGAAUAUGGACAACACACCCAAGCGUGAACUGGAAGCGAAGUUACGUGAUCAUAAAGAAAAGUUGUUAAGUGAACAAAAGGAAGCAGAGGGGUGUUUACUGGAACAGCAGAAACAGGCACAGAGAUUAGAAUUGCGCAUGUAUCAAAGACGACAGCUCCGGAUAAGACACACAUUAGAACAAGAUCAGCUACGUGAGGAGUUAAACAAGAAGCAAGUUGUUCAAGAGAUGGAGCAUGUUAUGUUACAGCGUCACCAUGAGUUGACACAGGACCUUGAAUAUCGUCACAUUCAUCACAUUCAAAGUUUACGAACAGAACAGAUGCAAAAACAAUUCCAUACAGAAUUGACGAAUCAACAUGAAUAUGAACGUCAAGCUGAGAGGGAAUUGAGGAAAAAGCAUGGAAUGGAGAUGAAACAACAACCCAAGAACCUCAAGGCAAAAGAGCAAUCUAUAAAAAAGCAAUUUCAUGAAGCGUGUAAAACUCAGUCAAAGCAGUACAAGGCAUUAAGGGGGCAAACACUAGCAAAUACUCCGAAAGAACAACAGAAAGCGGUUGAAAAGAAAUUAAAGGAAGAAGAGAGAAGAAAAAUGGCAAUCUUAGGAGACCAGUAUAGUCAGAGUAUAGCUGAAAUGCUUCAAUCUCAAUCAUUAAAAUUAGAUGAGAGCCAGGAGCGAGAAGCACAAGACUUGAAGCAAGAUUUACAAAAGGAACUGGAGUUACUAAGUGCAUACCAAAGCAAGACCAGAAAACAACUGGAAACUCAACAUGCUAAGGAACUCCAUGAGCUAGAAGAGAAGGUUUCCCUCAGGAGAGUUAUGCUUCAACAGAGGAUUGAAGAAGAAACGGUUCGAUUACAGGCAGAUAAAUCGGAGCGUAUUAGAAGGCGUUUGGAAGCUCAAGGCAGUGAAAUGACAAUGUUUGAUGAAGAGAGUUUGCGAUUAGGAUUCAGUGCCAUGUCUGUGGAAGAAAUGAAAAGCCAGGAUGGAACAACAGACGGAGUGAAACCUUCCCCCUCCAGGAACAGUAUGCAGUGGUUGGACAGUUCGUAUUCAGCAAACAGUCUCAAUACAGCUCUUUUGUAGCCUCAGUCACAUUUUGUUGCGCAAUCAUUCUUCCCUUAAUGAAGUUAUCUGAGGUCAUCAACCUGCAAACCAAUGUGGAGUCGUCUGCCAACUUGUGUUGAGUUGUCCACUAAAAGUGUGGCGUCACCCACCAAAUUGUGUAGUGUCGUCCGCUAACUUGGUUGCCGUCAUCCGCUAAUCAGUAAGCUCAGGUUUAGCUGUGUUGUAAUCAGAAGCGGUUGGUGUUGUAUGAGAUGUGAUUAGACGGAGUUGACAUUUCUUAUCUAGUUAUUUAUCAAACAUGAAGCCACUCUAUGUACUGUAUUUGUAUUGCAUGUGGUUUUCUUUAGUCUUCAAAAGAAAAUAUACCCAGAAUUUUAGCUGCCAAUUUUCAAAUUGCUCUAACGAUAUCCGGUGUAUUAGUUCUAAUCCUUUAAAAAAAAUUUACCAAUUAAACAUUUAAAUCUGAAAUGCUUCUAUUAACAAAAAUCCCUUGCUGUGUGUACAUUGUAUGUAAUGAUAGACAAAGUUAAAGCUACAUUUCAAAGAUACUACCUUCCUUACACUACAGUAUCUUUCAUCACCUAAACUUAGCAAUUAAUCCAUAAACUUAAAGGAUAAACUGAGCAGAUAAUCCGCAAGUUGAUGAGAAAAAUAGCAAUUAAUCCAUAAAUUUAAUGAUAAACUUAGUAAUUAAUCCAUAAGUUUAAGGAUAAACUUAGCAAUUAAUCUGUAAGUUUAAGGAUAAACUUAGCAAUUAAUCCAUAAGUUUAAGGAUAAACUUAGCAAUUAAUCCAUAAGCUUAAAGGAUAAAUAAUUUUUAUUGAUCCCAAUUCUGUAGGAGAGCUGUAUAAAUUCUACUAAUAAGUAUAAUAUGUGGAUGUUGUUAUUAAUCCCUGUUAUUUAUUGGAGUCCACAUUAAGCAAAUUGUGUCUUCCACAUAAGAUAUUUACUGGUGUGGACUUAAGUUUACCAUAUUUCUGGAUAGUUUCAUUGCUGGAUUAUCUUAAUACCAGAUAAUCCUAUUUGAUUUUAAUGUGUUUUUAUAGCGCAUAGUAAUAACGUAAUAUCUAUGCGCUUGAGUGAAACUAACAACAAUGAUAAUAAAGAUUUUCAACAAAAAUAUAAUAAAAUUCUUAAUUUUAUCAUAAAAAACUAAUAUAUUACUUUAACUAAACGUGUCAACAGUUGCCUACCAGGAGCUUAUUUAUCCUUUGCUCAUUUAUUAUUUUUCUUGCUGCUUGGUGACCAUCUCCCCCUCCCCUCGCUGCUAAGAUCACUAAAUGAGAUUGCCAGUAAUAGUUAAUAACAGAUUAACCAAUACUCAAUAAUCCUGUUGCUGAAUUAACUUUCUACCAGAUAAUCCUAAUACUGGAUAAUCCUAAUACAGGAUAAUCCUAAAACUGGAUAAUUAUAUUACCAGAUAAUCCCAUGCUGGAUAAUCCUAAUGCUGGAUCACCCACUACCAGAUACUUGCUUAAUUCUCCUUCGACUGAAUAUCCUAGUUCUAACUAAUAUUACAGGAAUACUACCAAAUAGAUCUAGUAUAUAUUCUGGAUGUUAAGUCUAAUCCUUUUGAACUUUCAAACUUAUUUAAUAAUUAAAGUGAUUUAAAAAAUAUCCAACAUAAUUCAAAGAGAGCAAUUACUCAUUAAUAAUGAUAUUUGUAAUGAUACAGGCAAAGCUUUGUCCAAAUUUAGUACCACAUUUUAUGGGACAUACAUGUAUUAUGAUAAUUAUUAUCAUGCCCAUAUAAUGGGCAUAUCACAGAUACUUGUCACUGAAAGUUUGAUUGUGUUGACUUAAGUAUAUUUUAGAUACAGUACAAUAAACAGAGAACAACCUGCACAUAUUUUGUUUUAGCUGAAAUACUAUAAUAUUUUCCUAUUGGGCAAUUUAUCACUUAAUGGGUUUUCAUAGUUAACCCACCUGACAAAUUCCUAACCAUACCUGUAUGUGCAGUGUGUUUUGAAAAGUGUUAACAAUAAUCAGUAUGAAACAGGGGACAAGUGUUUGAAUUUAUAAUUAUUACUACUAGCACAAAAGUAUUGAUGCCCCUGUAUGGUUUAUGGACUUUGUUUAAAAAAUGUGGAUUGGUUGUGUAGAAUACAAUAUAAUGUCCUACAUGCACUGAUACUUGAGAUUUGAAACCUAUAUAUAGGCUCCUAUCUAUAGCUAAUGUCCACACUGCCAACUUAAAAAAGCUGCUGGUCCAUGCAAGCUUGACCACUAGCAGUCAAACAAUGACCACUUGUUUUUAUUUUCAUGACUACUGAACUUUUCUGCUUGAAUACUGGCAUUCAUAUGAUUGCUUGCCUAUUGUGUCUGACCAAUAUUUUACACAAAAUGGCCACUUGUUUUUACAUCCAUAACUACUGAACUAUUCUGCUUGGUUAAUGGCCAAAGGUUGUCAUUUAUUGUUAACCUCCAUGACAACUGGACUAUUCCAUUUUCCAUUCUUAAGUAACAGGAGUGCUACAUACCUCUGUAUCCUAGUGAAAAUAUAGACUUGAUUGUUGUACUCAGGUGGUGCUUAUUCAUUGGAGGACAGUUGUGGCGUGUGUCCCAAAUGAGGUUCUACGCUGCAGCCUUCCUGGAUUACAUGAAGGAAGGUGAAGGGCUAGAAUUAAUGGGAACAUUCACAACCGAAUUUUGAAAUGUACAUAUAAAACAGAGAGUGUAUUGAGUUCAACAUAGCGUUGGUGUAGUACAAACCAUGUUCUGAAUCAGAAAAUGCCUUAGUUUUGAACAGAGGAAAAUAUGAAUGUGAUUGAAAAAAACAAGUUACCUUCCAUCAUUGUCUGUGGCUGCUUGGCACUUUAUACUCAUUAUAUUAAACCUUCCAUAAUUCAACAUUCUAAUUAAAAUUAAUUUACUAGCUCCUAUUUUACCAUUUCUAAUUGUAGACUCAAAACAUAUUUCCCUUUUCUUUCUAUUGAGCUAGUCAGAAAAAUUAUGUCUAACUUUAUAUACUCAUCAUGUGUGAUGUCAUUAUGACUAUAUUUAGGCACGUGAUGUUUUUGUCAAAUAAGAUUUGAUAGCUCUGACAGGGCUUUGUAUUUGGAGCAGGUUGACCCGUUUGUGUGAAUGUGGCUUAGGAUGUUUUAAAUUGAGGGAGAAAAAAAAAA